CUGGAGAUUGAUCCCACCCAAUCAAUCUCCACACCUUCGUGCCUGGCAUUAGCGCCACUACCCUCACACUACGAUCCUAUCCGCAGAUCCCUAAUGACUGGGUAGCCUCGUUUCGUCCAAAUGCCGCACAGCCUUGCCACUAUGGCUACGGCGUCUUCCUCGGGAGACAGCAGUGGGCGUUCGGCAGCAGCUGUGCCCUCGAUGAUAGAUUCGCCAUCUUCCCAUCCUUUGAAAGGCACUCCCGAGGAGGCUGUGACAACUUAUGACGAUGAGCAACCUCGGUCGAAGCCAAGCAAUGGAAUCAGAGACUCGCAUUUGCGUCAGAGGCGGCCGCUUGGAGACUCGGCAUUAUCGUCUGGCUCCGAGAAAGCAAUCACGGUAGCCAACGAUAGGGAGCCGGAUCUGCCUCCAAAGCGGUCUCUGGCAUCUCGUCUGGGGCUGGUGCCGCUUCACCCACUUCUGGCCUGGAUCCGUCCUACGUUCAGCUCGUGGACGAAGAUGAAGCCCGUCCUGCGGUCCGCUAUCAUCGCCUGGAUCAUGAUGCUGUUCAUGGUGAUCAAUCCCGUGGAGAGGGAGCUGGGCCAGGCUUCCUUUCUGGUCCUUGUCUUUGCCUUCAUUCAGCCCGCCGAGAUCCCGUUGACUGGCAUACUGGAGAGAGAAUUCUUCAUGCUCCUCAUUGGUCUCAUGAGCUGGGCUUGGUCAUGUCUAGCCAUCAAGAUCGCUGAUGCCUCUCGAUCCGUCAAACUUACAGCUGCCGAGACAUCCUCGACGGUUGUAUUCACAGGCGGCUACAUCGAGGUUGGACCGAGCGUAGUGUGCGCUUUUUUCUUGGCAUUUGGCACAGCUACUUGGCUCUACUUGAAGAUACGCUUCGGACCGAGCCCAUUCCUUUUUGCAAGCAUCAUCGGAUGCAUCGCCUUGGACAUCACUCUCACCACAGCACCCUUAUUUCCUUACGCCUACUACGACCUCGGUACCGCUAUCCUUAAGCCGCUUGCGGUCAAAUCAGCGGUGACAAUCAUUGUCUCGGUCCUCUUCUUCCCGAAGAGUGUCAAUUCGCUCUUCGUUGACCGAAUCGUACUCGUUCUCAAGCCCCUCAGUGAGGCCCUCCAUUCCCAGGAAGCACAGUUCAAGACGUCGCCCCUUGAUGACGACUUUGACUUCGGCAAGACCAGGAACAUCAUCGGGAAAAGUGAGAGAGCCAUUCCACUUGUAGCAGGAGCAUCUCGGUUGCUUCUGCGCGAAUUCAGCUUUGGUCUCGCAAAUGGGCAGGACCUGGCAGACAUUGAAAGGUUGACCAAGGCUAUUGUGGCUCCAGCGAAUGGUUUCUCUCAGUACUUUACGGCCAUUCGGAACGACAUCAAAUCAUCACACUUCCCUCAGCCGAAGAGUCUCCCGGCUACAAGACCUCCGAGCCCCCAAGCUAGCCAGCCCAGUACACCCGCAGCGGAUCGGGAGAAGACCGCAUACAUUGGCGGAGACAAGCUCCAUCCAUCUAUUGGUGAAGGCGGUCAUGUCCAUUUCGGAGAGGGUGAGGUUCGCGAAGACGGAGACCACGAGCAGUCAUCUCGUCGCAGUUCUAUGACAGAUCACCAUCGUCAUGGUGCCCGCAAAGGCCAGAUCGUACACCUCGCUCCCAUCUACUCGUAUUUGCAAUCCCGAGGCAAUUCUCCCCGGUCACAAUCACCUUCGCGACAUGGCCAUGCAACGCAUCCGUCUCAACAUGCCUCUGCUGUUGGUACUUGGGCCUCUCUGCGCUUUGCUCAACUAGAGGACCGACUACACACACGCCAUGCAGACUGGAUUACAGCCGAGAUCUUCCAGUCUCUGGGCGAGUCAAGCGCUGCCUUGAUGAAGACAAACGCAGCCGCUAUCGAUCACGCAGUCAGGAUGCUGGAGACCUUCAAUAGAGCGAGGUAUCGAUUGCUUAUGGCUCGAGUGAGGGGCAAGAAGUUCAGCCUCGGGGGGCAGGCUGAGAGGCCUGUCUCAGAGGUCAUCGCAGAUGUCGAGGCAGCUCUCAUGCGCUUCAGAGAGAAAGAGAGGCUGAGUAUCGUUGAGCCUUUCAAGGGCGCGGUGCAGGGAGGUGAAGACCACGAUGGCAAGUCGCUUCCCCAUCGCUAUCUCUUCCAGGCGUGGAUCCAUCAGCACACGUCACUGGUCUUCACGGAUCGCCUGCUCCAAUUGCUUCGUCAUCUUGACAUGCUGGAGCGAGAGAGGACCAGAGGACAGCUGUGGAUGCCCUCCUGGCCAGCAUUUCUCAAAGUCGAGACUUGGAAGAGUCAAGAAGUAGGAUCUGAUGAGAGGGAUACUGCGAGUAUUCACGACGAUGAGCAUGAUGGGAACGAAGCGCACCAUGAAGGGGGAGAUACCAGGUUUCCUUCCUCUGCUGAGUGGGUAGCUGCCAUGGGUGGCGCUCGCAGAAGGGAUCCAGAUGCUCUCGAGCCAGAGGGAAGAAGGCAAGAGUGGGGCGCAAGAUUACACAAAUUCGCCCACAAGCUGGUGACGGGAAACAUGCUAUUCGCGGGAAAGUCAGCCGUCUUGACUGGCUUGCUCUCCAUACCCUUCUUCUUGAGCUCAUCGACUGGCUGGGUAUACGAGAACAAAGGCGUCUGGACUCUCAUCAUGUCCCAGUUGACCCUCUCUCGUCACAGAGGAGAUUCGGUCUUCGCUCUGUUCGGCCGAAUCGUCAGCACCGUCUCAGGAGCGGCUGUGGGUCUGGUAGUCUGGUACAUGUCAGACGGAGCUCGGACAGCAAACCCCUAUGGUAUCAUGGUCGUUUGGAGCGUCUUUGCGGUACUCUUGAUGGCUGUGAGGAUCUACUACCCCGGUCCUCCCAUCGUGGCCAUUAUUGCCGUGAUCACGACUUCGCUGGUCGUCGGCUAUUCGUGGAAGGAUCAGUACAAUCCCGUCUUCGGAGCACCGGGAACGGGCUGGGACGUCGCGUGGAGGCGGUUCGUAGAGGUCCUGUUGGGAUCUUCGGCAGCGGUGAUCUGGAGCUUCCUGCCUCCUACAUCAACGCUGAGGCAGUACCUUCGUCGAGCACACGCUGCGAGCAUCCAUCGCUCGGGGCUGCUGCACUGCCGCCUGCUGGCUUUCACUUCGCAGAAUCACGCCGACGAAGGGUACGAUCAGGCGAAGGAAGUCGAUCCUCUGGAGCUUUCCGCGUCGCUGAUUUCGCAUCGCCAGAAGCUCAGGCGACUCGAUGCGCUCAAGGUCAACGUCUCGUGGGAGACGUCUCUGAGGGGUGGAUGGCCCAAGGAGAGGUACCAACAGCUGUUUGAAGUCCAGCUCGAGCUGGCCAAGUUGCUUUCGGCUGCUGUGGUCGUCUCACAGCGCCUAGGCCAAGCCUAUUCCAAGGCUUUGCUGAGGCGGACCAGGUUCGCAGACGAGAGAUUUACCGCAGACGUUAUGUCGGUGUAUUCUCUCUGCUCUUCAGCGCUGCGUACAGCUCAACCACUCCCACAGCUCACCCCGAUCCUCUUUUCGCGCUACAUCUCCGAUGCCGGCUUCUCCUUUGAUCCCCGUCAGACGCACCAUGCGUACCUACACCCGAGUCUACUGCAUCAAGGCGAAGACGACCAUGAUCAGGAUACGGAUGACCUGCCAGGCCUGCCGAAGAUGCUCACAGCCGAGGUGCUAGAGAGCGAGGAGUACCUCACCUUUGCCGUGGGCGUGAGCACCCUCAGCGGCAUUGUGCUCAACCUCGACGCGCUGCUACUGGCAGUCAAGGAGCUCGUGGGCGAGUGCUAUUCUCUGCCGGGGAGGAUCUACGUCAAGAGCGCAAUGGGAAGCGCAGAAGCUCACCGCGAGGUCACCAAGCAGGGUAUGGAGAGUUACAUGAAUGAGAAGCUAGGUGGGAGGAAGCAGGCUCGCAGCGGCCGCUGGCGAGGUGGAGCGGGCGGUGAGAACGAACGUCAGGGGCAAUCGCGGGCCGGAAUGACGACGCCCUAAGGAGCGGUGUGGGCGUGUGUAUGCUUCGCAUUUCAAAUGUACUAUAUCGUAGAUCGUGUAGUGUAGACUUUCUUGAUCGCAGGACGCGAGGACCGCAAAAAAUGGAGCGCGGGCCUGAACCGGAUU